ACCGAGACAGAUGGAAUUGGAGAGUCUUACAGAGCUGGAUGUCUCUAGUAUUGGUGAUGGAAAGGAUGCAUAGAGAGCAGAGGUAUCAGUGACUGGGAUGUGGGUUUGUCACAGAAACCAAAAGAUAAUGACUGGGUUUAUUUAUUCAUGGGAAGAAAUUCAUAGCUUACUGGAUGCUGGAUAUUUAAGGAGUAAAGAGUGCUGGUGAUCCAUGAUGUUAAAAUGAAUUCAAUAUGAAUGUACUGGUGUAAACUAACAAUUUCCCACAGUUUGAAGAAAAAUAUUUCUAUUGGAAUAAUGCAAACGAGCAAUGAAUUUAUUUAAUUAUUAACAUCUUAAUCCUGCUGUGUUCACCAGCAACUUUGAGUUGUGUUGCUAACAUCUUAAUCCAAUUGUGAUUCUGGACUGGUAUCCUGUGCAUUAAGAAAUCUCAGAAAAAUGCAGAGUUGUUCCAAAGUAGUGUCCUGGGGUCGACGAUACUACCAGUUAAUUUAUGUAUUUCUGCUUUUAUAUGCUUCCAAUGAAUAGAUUUGUGACCAACCUAAUAUUCCUACUCCACUUUGAUUGGUCCUUGCUCAGAAAGUCCUCCAAAUCGGUAGGAAUGCUGCACUUCAAUAAGAAUUUGAGACAUUUUGGGAUCAUUUCCUUUGUCUAUUUACCAAUCUACUCCCAUGGAACUGUUUGGAAUUGUCUCUUUCUGAAGUUUGAUGCCAUGCAUGUGAAUGAUGACUGAGUAUAAUUAGGGACUCGGUGUUAGGAUUGUUGAUUUGGGAAAGGACACUGGUUUGUUUCGCUUAUUUGGCAGUGGAUUUGAAGGAUUUCACAGAGUCAGCAUCAAUGUGCUUUAAUAUCCUUGCUAUAGAUAGUUACAGACGUGUGCAGGAGAGCAGGAUUACUGCUGCCUGGUAGGCUGUAAGCUUUUAUCUUCAAACACUUUUCCUUGGACAGCCAAAGGCUAUGGUGAUGCACUGAAUACACUGGUGAAAUUCCUCAUUUCUAUCAGCUUUUGCAACAAAAUGGCUUCAGAGAUAUGGGAAGUAAUCCAUUUAGAUCAGGCUCCUGUUUGGACAUUAGUUAUUGAAGGGUGAUGUAUACAGUCAUGUAUACAUUCUUUUGUGAAUGUUAGCAUAAGGAUCCUUUUUCUCACAUGCUUCAGUGAAUCAAUGAACAAUGAUUUAAAGGUCAGUCCUCGUACAAUUGCAUACGUGCGUCAGCUGUGCAUUGCUACUCAACAGUUGUUGGAGUGAACUUGGUUCUGGAUUGGAGGCUACAUAAGGUGAACAGUUUUGGAAGAUACAUUUUUUAAAUAUUCUGACAUUGAGGAAGAAAGGAGAGAUUUAGGUACAGAUCAAUAUUUAUUAGACUUUAACAAUUUGUGUUGUUACUGAUGCUUAAGGCAUAAAGGAAUACUUGAGAUCACUGGAAGUCACCUAGGACUUUCAUUGUAAGAAAUUGUGUAACAGAAGAGCUCAUCAAAAAUUUAACAAAAUUAGCUUUUCUGUUUUCUUUUUGCUCUUCAAAAAGCAGCUGGAAAAUACUAUCCUUGUUUUAUUUAAUGUGGCAGAAAGAGUGAGCCUUUCAAUUAUUUUGCAUUUGAUUGAUUUACAUGCUAAUUCUAUGUGAGAAUUUAAAAUAUCCAUUAUUUUUAACUUGGGGGAAAAGAAUAAUGCGUGAAUUUCUAUUGAAGCUAAUCAGCUCGUCUCAUUCUGGAUUAAAUGAUGUAGCUUACCUUUUUAGGAUAGCUGUAUUGAAGAAGUCUAAGGUAAGCAACAGACUGCUGCUUAGUGAAGGUUAUACCUUUCUAACUUUCACCUCUGUAAGAUAAACAUUUUUCUGCUGUUUUUCAGACAUUAACAAAUUAAUUUGCAUUAAUCUAAUCAUAUAUAUGCCAUACUAAGGCAUUUGUGAACAAGAUACAUUGAAGAAAAACAGUGGUUCAUAGAAAUUUUCAUUUGCUUUCUUAUAACCUCCAGGAUUCUGAAGCUGGUCAGCAUGGAGCUUGGAAAAGCAAAAUUGCUGCGAACUGGAAUUAAUGUAUUGCAUCAAGCUGUUCAUCCAAUUCAUGGGAUUGCCUGGACAGAUGGAAAACAAGUUGCCCUCACUGCUGUUUACCUAGUCAAUGGUGAGGUAAAGUUUGGAGAUAGCAAUGUUAUUGGAAGUUUUGAACAUGUGAAUGGGCUUCAUUGGGGUCCUGUUUGUUAUACAGGAACUCUAGCAUUGCUCGCUGUUCAGCAUAAAAAGCACGUAACUGUAUGGCAGUUACAAAACAGCACAUUAGAACAAAAUAAACUAUUCGUUUCCCAAACUUGUGAACUUGGAGAGAUUUUUCCGAUUCUGCAACAAGGCUGUGUGUGGCAUCCAAAACAUGAUGCCUUGGUAGUGCUCACAAAAAGAGAUGCCUCUGUAUUGUUUGCAGUACAAAUUGAUAAUCGUAGAGUUAAAGUAGACAUCAAAGGUGGUGGCUUGAUUAAUUGUGCUUGUUGGACUUCAGAUGGAAAUCGUUUAGUGAUUGCCAUAGGCAGCACCCUUCAUUCUUAUAUUUGGAAUAAUACUCAAAAGACUCUUCAUGCAUGCAAUUUUUGCCCUAUUUUUGAUGUUGGAGGACAUAUCUGUGCAGUGGAGGCAUGUUUGGAUUUACAAGUGAUUGUGACAACUGAACUGCCCCUUGAUAAAAUCUGCAGUCUUAACGCUGGCCUUGCUUUUGAUGUUACACCCACAUUAGAAACUGGAUCUUUAAUUUCACAGCCUACGAUGCUAUCUGUGGCUGAAACCCAUUCCAUGGAUUCAAGAAGAAAAUCAGUAGAUUCCUCAAGAUCAUUAACAGAAGAACCAACAUUUUCAUCAUCUGGUCCAGUAGAUUUGACACAUAUUCUAGCAAAUCAUCGAAAAUCGGAUCCUAGCCCCCUUAUUCACCUACAACGAAGGGAUUGCCUUACUGGAAGUGGUCAUGAUUCUUCACAUCUGAUUCUUGUAACUUUUGAGAGAAAAGUGACAACAACUAGAAAAGUAAGCAUACCUGGGAUUCUGGUUCCUGAUUUAUUAUGUUUUGACCCUCAUCGAUGCACUAUUGCUGUAUCAUCCAAUACGUGUAACAUGGUAUUGCUCUACUCAGUAACACCUUCGAGUGUGCCUAAUAUUCAGCAAAUCCAUUUGCAAAAGAAUGAACGGCCAAAAGGUUUGUGUUUUCUGACUGAAACACUGUUACUGCUUUUAGUUGGGAAGCAGAAAUCGAAUGAUCCUGCUUUUCUCCCAACUUCUAAUUCAGAUCGUUAUUUAAUCAGACUUAUGACUAAAAAGCUCUUGUUAGAUGAUUCUUCAGAAAAUAUGAAGACCUGGCAGCCAGGUAUUAAUAUUUCUGGAAUGAAGAAAUAUUUUGAAAAUCUGUCCAAGGAAGAGGGAGUUACGGGAAAAGAAUUGUUGUUGCCAGGGAAUACCACAAUUCAAUCUCCAACUAGUAAAAAGCGAUUAAUAGAAGAAAUAAGUAACAACAGCAGUGAGCAGAGCUCAGAAGCAAAUACUCCAAAACCAACAGAAGGAGCUGCGCUUUAUGACUCUGCAAUGAUUUUGAAAGACUAUGAAGCAGAACCUGUAAAUAACUCUAUAACAAUGCAUGGAUUUGGACCAACAAACAGAGACUUAAGUAGCCCAGUCUUACUUAAGGAGAAUCAAAAUGAACAAUCACACGCAAGAACUUCACUGAGCAACAGUGAUAAAGUGAAUGAUGAAAUUAAACAACUAUCUAUAAAAAUGGAAAAGUUGCUUGAUAGCUUUAAAGAAAUGAAACAGUGUCUUUCUCAAAUAUCAGAUUGUACAAGAAAUGGAAAGAAGUCAUCAUUGUCCUAUCCGUCUGAUCCAUCAUUUCUAUAUGUCGUCUGUCAGAAAAAGUUGCAGGAGAAUACAAUUGUGGAUGAAAAACGAGCUGUUCUCCUUUGUGAAGGCAAGCUUCGUCUAAGUACAGUCCAAGAAGUCUUUAACCUUUUUGUUGUUGAAAUGUUUUACGGUUCUAAUUGGAUUGUUCUAACUGCAGAUAGUGAUGGAUUUGCUCCAUUAACAUUCAAACCCAAACAGGAAAUCAUGAUUCGUGAAGGGAAGCAAACAGUAGAACCUCUAGAGUUUCCUCCUCCUCCAUCUCCAAGUGGCAGUAUCAAUUCGGACUGUCACAGAAGUACAACAUAAUCUUCACUUGCACAAAUUUAAUUAUUAACAUUAUUAUUUUUAACUCAAAUGUGAUAUUCAUAAAUGAGUGGGCAAAUAAAGUAUUGGAGUCUAUUUUAAUCAAGAGCAUAUAGAUUUUCAGGUGAAUUUCAUUCUGCUGGGGACUUCAUUAGGAAAACUGCACAGCUGCACCACAGCUUUUCAAGUUUGUUGCACAAUAUGCAUAAAUCAUAGCCUUUUGGUUUCUUAAACUCAUCUGCUUACCAUUUCUCCAUGUCCUUUUAAAUAUGCUUAGCUAAUUGAGCUAGCAUUUAUUGCAAGGAGGUAAUCAUCCUUUGUAUCAAAAAUGUUCCUUAGCUCUUCUUCAGACUGAAGCACUUAACACCGAUUUUAUGUUUCUUCCCCCCAAUUAGUGAAGUUUCUCUAUAUUCUAAAAAUUAGUUUCAGUAAACUAAAAAAACUUCAAUCAAAGCAUCCCUUUACAUAAGAACAUAAGAAAUAGGAGCAGGAGUAGGCCAUCUGGCUCAUCAAGCCUGCCCUGCCAUUCAAUAAGAUGGCUGAUUUGUCCGUAAACUCAGCUCCAUCUACCUGCCUUUUCCCCAUAACCCUUAAUUCCCCUACUAUGUAAAAAUCUAUCUAACAGUAUCUUAAAUAUAUUUAGUGAAGAAGCCUCAUCUGCUUCCCUGGGCAGAGAAUUCCACAGAUUCACCACUCUCUGGGAAAAACAGUUUCUCUUCAUCUCUGCCCUAAAUCUUCUCCCCUGAAUCUUGAGGCAAUGUCCCCUAGUUCUAGUCUCACCUACCAAUAGAACAUAGAACAGUACAGGCCCUUCGGCCCACAAUGUUGUGCUGACCCUUAAAUCCUGCCUCCCAUAUAACGCCCCACCUUAAAUUCCUCCAUAUGUCUAGUAGUCUCUUAAAUUUCACUAGUGUAUCUCCCUCCACCACUGACUCAGGCAGUGCAUUCCACGCAUCAACCAGUCUCUGAGUAAAAAACCUUCCUCUAAUAUCCCCCUUGAAUUUCCCACCCCUUCCCUUAAAGCCAUGUCCUCUUGUAUUGAGUAGUGGCGCCCUGGGGAAGAGGCGCAGGCUGUCCACACUUAUCUGUUCCUCUUAAUAUCUUGUAUAUCUCUAUCAUGUCUCCUGUCUCUCCAAAGAGUAAAGCCCUAGCUCCCUUAAUCUCUGAUCAUAAUGCAUACUCUCUAAACCAGGCAGCAUCCUGGUCGAUCUCCUCUGUACCCUUUCCAAUGCUUCCACAUCCUUCCUAUAGUGAGGCGACCAGAAAUGGACACAGUACUCCAAGUGUGGCCUAACCAGAGUUUUAUAGAGCUGCAUCAUUACCCCGCAACUCUUAAACUCUAUCCCUCAACUUAUGAAAGCUGACACUCCAUAAGCUUUCUUAACUACCCUAUCCACCUGUGAGGCAACUUUCAGGGAUCUGCCAACCCACCCUUCUACCCCCACAUCCAGGUCAUUGAUAAAAAUCACGAAAAGUAGAGGUCCCAGAACCAGUCCUUGUGGGACAUCACUAGUCACAACCCUCCAAUCUGAAUGUACUCCCUCCACCACAACCGUCUGCUUUCUGCAGGCAAGCCAAUUCCGAAUCCACCUGGCCAAACUUCCCUGAAUCCCAUGCCUUCUGACUUUCUGAAUAAGCCUACCAUGUGGAACCUUGUCAAAUGCCUUACUAAAAUCCAUGUAGAUCACAUCCACUGCACUACCCUCAUCUAUAUGCCUGGUCACCUUCUCAAAGAACUCUAUCAGGCUUGUUAGACACGAUCUGCCCUUCACAAAGCCAUGCUGACUGUCCCUGAUCAGACCAUGAUUCUCUAAAUGCCCAUAGAUCCUAUCUCUAAGAAUCUUUUCCAACAGCUUUCCCACCACAGACGUAAGGCUCACUGGUCUAUGAUUACCCGGACUAUCCCUACUACCAUUUUUGAACAAAGGGACAACAUUUGGAACCAAUGGAAACAACUUUUCUACUUCUUUCUUAUCUUUUACAUCAGCCUGACUAUAGUAUAUUUUAAUAAACAGACUAGGUGUAUGUGUAAUAAAUAUGAACAUUUUGCUGCAUAUUUUGGAUCUUUAAUUUUUUUUUAUUUCACUAUUUAAUCUGCUUUGAUAUGGAUGACCCCAAAUUUUCCUCAAAUCUAUCUUUCUUCUCAUUUAAUCAACAUUGUCUACAUACAUAACUUGAAUGGGGAGAAAACUAACCAGGGCCCAGAAAUGUCAGGUCCUAUCUGAAUUUGAGAAUGUUUAUAUAAAAGGCUUUUGUCUUCCUCUAUAUAGUUCAGAGGUAGAAGAGGAAACAGGAUGAGUUGCUGAGAUUACCUGUUCCUGUGUUUCUGAGUCUCUCAUUAUAGAUUGAGGCAAAAUUGACAGCAAGAAUAUUCAGUGAAAGAAGCUGUGGCAGUUCCCUGCUUGGUAGAAGGAGGGUUCAUAUGGGAUUUUGGCUAAGGAUGGUGUACCCCCACCACCGCUGUCCUCCUUCCCCACCCUAGGUCUCUUUAUAACUAGUCACUGAACAACAUUUUGGAAGAAAUGUCAUGAUGUCACAGUGCCAGUAGAAUUGUAAAAAUUGUGUAUGAAAGAAUCUAAAACUAUUGCGAUAAUAGAAACUAUGUGAAAAUAAACAAUUGGUUAUCUUAAUGUUUAAGAGAUGAAAAAUGUUUUGCAUUUAAUAAACGUUCAUGGUUUUAGGAGAUAGAAUCUCACUUAAUUGCAGAAAAUCACAAAGAAGAGAAAAUCUGCAGAUGCUGGAAAUCUUGCCUGGUCUGCUGAGUUCCUUCAGCAUUUUGUAUGUGUUAAUUGCAGAAAAUAUCCUGUUCUGUAAAAGGAAGUUUUCCUUUUCAUCUUUGAAAAUAGCAUUGUAUUUUAGUUGUUUAGAUUAAUUUAUUCAAACUUGCUUGAAUGUUUAAUCAGUUUAUGUCUUGUUACUAUCAUUACACUUCUUAUAUGAAUUCCUUAGAUUUUGAAGAAGUAACAACUUAGUGGAAUGCAAUGUUUAUCUGUUGCCAACACUGAUUUUUCUAAACUACUACUGCAUUAUUUAAAAAAUGGUUGGGCAUUUCAUCCACCUGCAUAACUCGACAUUAUUUCUUGAAAAAGAAAAAUCUGAAGAUUAUUCACAGCCCAAAAUUUCAUGUCUAUUUAUCGAAUAGACAGAUUACAUACUUGGCAAACACUAAAGCUGAAAAAUUGCAGUUCACCUGUAGUAUUUCUAAUCAAAGCUGCUGAUAUUUUUUGUAGUAACUAGAUAAUUGGUUUGGAAUCACCAGAUAGUGCUCAAUCAGGCAGCAUUGGGCCCAAUAAUCCAAAAACCACAAUUGGGCUACAAUGAUUGAAUUCCUAAUUUGUCUAAUUCUGGUUAUGGUGUUUGAAACAAAUAUUCUGUUUGUGAGCAGUUAUAUUUAACAGGAGUAAAGAACAUAAUCUCAAUUUCAGUUUCACGCAAACACGAGGAAAUCUGCAGAUGCUGGAAAUUCAAGCAGCACACACAAAAUGCUGGUGGAACGCAGCAGCCAGGCAGCAUCUAUAGGAAGAAGUACAGUCGA